AUGUUUGCAACAGCACCCAAACCAAAGAGCCUGCUGGGCUAUCACAGGAUCCUCUCGCCGACCGCAGGCGUGAGAGUCUCGCCGCUAUGCCUGGGAGCAAUGAACUUCGGCGAAAGCUGGAAGCAAGGAAUGGGCGAGUGCACCAAAGAGACAGCUUUUGAAAUGCUCGACUACUUCUGGGAUCAAGGCGGCAACUUCGUUGACACCGCCAACAACUACCAAGGCGAAGAGUCCGAGCAAUGGCUAGGCGAAUGGAUGACUUCGCGCCAGAACCGCGACGAAAUUGUCCUCGCCACCAAAUUCACCUCCGGCUACCGCGUCGGCACACACGAGAAGGCCAAGUCCAACUUCCAAGGCAACCACUCCAAGUCCCUGCACGUCUCGCUGGCGGCCAGUCUGAAAAAGCUGCAGACGAGCUACAUCGAUCUGCUCUACGUGCAUUGGUGGGACUUCACGACUUCCAUCCCGGAGCUAAUGAACAGCCUCCACCACAUGGUCGCGAGCGGCAAAGUGCUGUAUCUCGGAAUCAGCGACACGCCCGCUUGGAUCGUGGUGAAGUGCAACUGCUACGCCCGCGAACACGGUCUCACGCAAUUCUCCGUCUACCAGGGGCACUGGAGCGCCGCGAUGCGGGACUUUGAACGCGAGAUUCUGCCCAUGUGCGAGUCGGAAGGCAUGGGUGUGGCGCCCUGGGGCGCCAUCGGCCGCGGCUGGUUCAAGUCGAAGGAGGAGUAUAACGCCGCGGACCGGGAGGGACGCAAGAUGGGCGAGCAGCCGGAGAAGUACGUCCGGAUUGCUGGGAAGCUGGAGGAGAUUGCUGGUAGGAAGGAGAAGGGAACUUUGAUCACGUCUGUGGCGCUGGCGUAUGUGAUGGCGAAGGCGCCGUACGCGUUUCCAAUUGUGGGCGGGAGGAAGGUGUCGCAUCUGAAAGGCAACAUUGAUGCUUUGGGGGUGAAGCUGACGGACGAAGAGAUUGAUGAGAUCGAUGGGGCGGAGCCGUUUGACGUUGGGUUCCCGUUGAACUUCUUGUUUGGUAGGAGUAAGGAGGGGUACAAGCAGGGGAAGAGUACUGCGAGGGAUAUCCAGCUGGUGGUGACGAACAACAGGAUCGAGACCGUGCAGAAGGUGAAGCCGAUCGAGCCGAGACAGGGAGAGGAGUUCUACGGGGACUGA